GUGAGCGGCAACAGUAACACCCGGCUACCGGAUCUCAGUAGCAUGGCAUCAAGGAGAAUGGAGACCAAGCCAGUUAUAACGUGUCUGAAGACGCUGCUUAUUAUCUACUCUUUCGUCUUCUGGAUCACAGGAGUUAUCCUUCUAGCAGUAGGUGUUUGGGGAAAGCUCACUUUAGGCACCUACAUCUCUCUCAUUGCUGAAAACUCUACAAAUGCCCCCUAUGUCCUUAUUGGAACUGGAACAACAAUCAUUGUCUUUGGCCUUUUCGGGUGCUUUGCUACCUGUCGUGGGAGCCCAUGGAUGCUAAAACUGUAUGCUAUGUUUUUAUCCCUGGUGUUCUUGGCUGAAUUGAUUGCUGGCAUAUCUGGAUUUGUGUUUCGCCAUGAGAUCAAGGACACUUUCCUGCGGACAUAUACUGAAGCCAUACAGAACUACAAUGGCAAUGAUGAAAGGAGUCAAGCUGUUGAUGAUGUGCAGCGCAGUUUGAGGUGCUGCGGGGUGCAGUAUUAUACAAACUGGACCACCAGCCUGUACUGGCAUGACCAUGGUUUCCCAUCCAGCUGCUGUGCCAAUACUAGUGAUUGCAAUCCACAAGAUCUGCGCAACAUGACUAUCAAUUUCACUAAAGUGAACCAGAGGGGAUGCUAUGAAUUAGUGACAAGCUUUAUGGAGACUAACAUGGGCAUUAUAGCUGGUGUGGCUUUUGGAAUAGCAUUCUCACAGCUGAUUGGAAUGUUGUUGGCUUGCUGUCUUUCUCGGUUUAUAACUGCAAAUCAGUAUGAGAUGGUGUAACAAGGUGGCGCUAGUUUACAGAGCGCAAUAAAGGAAUCAAACAGAGGAUCAUUGAAGAAUGUUAGAGAACUCAUUCACCUAGCACUCUGUGUUCCCUACUAUAUACCAUUUUGUAGUGUAUCCAUCCACUGACACAACUGUGCCAUGACAAGUAGCCUACGUAGUGUCUAACCACACACUUCCUCAUGGAAGGCUUUUCGUAUGAUGGCACUGGACGUGUGUUCUUAUUCAUAAAGUUUUAGUAUUUGAUAAUUCAUUAACUGCCUCGACUUGGCUGUGCAUGCAGUGGCUGCAAAAAAGGGACAAACACUCCCUUACCAAUGGUUUAUUAAAUGUCCCACACAUUUAUAUAAAUCCAUACAUGAGGAAACAAAUAUAUUGAAUUUUUUAUAUACAUAUAUUUAUUUACAAGGCGUACUUAACAUUUUCUUUCUUUACCACUUGCGGUUUUCAUGUAAGAAGAAAAAAAAUCUGUGAUACGACAAUACUUGAAGAGUAAUGUUCUAAAUAUGUUGUGCUUUUCACAGGAUCCAUGCUGCCUAAUAUUAGACUGCAGCAUGGACGCUCCUCCUGUGCCAUUUGCCUAUUGCUUCUAUCAUUGUCUAGUAGUGGAUUUGGCAUCAGAAUCAGAACCUGUGUUUCACUGUUACAGAACUGUUGUUGCUUGCUGUGCGGCCAGUGUAAUAAUGCUUCUUUUUAAUCCUUAGUGUACAACUAAUCUGAAUUGUGCUGUAAUGCUACUUCUUUUUGUCUAUGUUCCUUUCUCUCCCCUUUCUUUGCUUUGGAAGUGCAACAACCAAAUAAUACUUUGAGAUAAGUGUGAAACCAGUAUAGGUAAGGACAGAAGGCUGAAAGACUGAAAACUUUUUAAAGACAAAGAAAACUGAUUUUUUUUUUUUUAUAUAAUGUCUCCACCUAGCAUGCUGGGAAAAAAACAAUGCUUUGAUAUUGUGAGCAUUUGUGAAAUAUAUAUUAAUAAACUGAACUAUGACCGA